AUGCCUGCAGUGGCUGACCCUGGCCUCGCAAACGGAGCGCUUCAGCCCGAACAAUCCAAAAGCGAAAAUGGGUCCGUAGCGGCUGCAGCGACUAAGGAAUCAAAGAAGGGCAAACCCAAUAAUCAAUCAAAGGCAGAUACAGAGCAUCGCAGUUCGACUCCCCCAGAUGUUGCCGAAGCAGGUGCGGGUGCGAAGUUGACAGGCGCACAACUGAAACAACUGAAGAAGCAGCAGGCGGCGGCCCGGCGUGCAGAGAAGGUCGCUGAAAAGGGUGCUCCGGCUGCCACUGCUGCAGCGACUCUCAAACCCGAGAUGGCAAGACGACCGUCAACGACCAAAAGGGAUAGCGACACGGGGUCUCAUCAUAAAAGGACUCUAUCUUCGACGGGAAAAGCUUUGCCGCUUCGCGGAGCGCCUCAACAACAACUGCAGGGACCAGGUCAGGUCAACCCUGCGCCGGAGAAGGAGAAAUACAAGGAUCCGAAGAGGGUACCUAUGUUCAGCCAUCUAUACCCCAAAGAGAAGAAAGCGACUCUGGCCGGUGCAGGGCGUGAGAUCCACCCAGCAGUACUAUCCCUGGGGCUCCAACUACGCGACUAUGUGAUUUGUGGAGGAAACGCACGCUGUGUUGCAACCUUGCUUGCAUUCAAGAAGGUCAUCCAAGGAUAUAGCACUCCGCCAGGUGUUGCUCUCUCUCGCCACCUCCUGACUCAUCUUAAUCAUCAAAUCGCUUACCUUCGAAACGCUCGGCCUCUUUCCAUGAGUCAGGGCAACAGUAUUCGAUGGCUCAAGAACCUUAUCUCUACACAACCCGUUGAUCUGACCGAUAGUGAGGCUAAACAGAGCCUCAGCCAGUCUAUCGACCUAUUUAUCCGCGAACGAAUCACUCUAGCCGAUGAAGUCAUUGCGCGCGAGGCAACCGCGCGUAUCGAUGAUGGCGACGUUAUCCUUACAUACGCGAAAAGCAGCAUCGUGGAAAAGACACUGAUCACAGCGCAUCGACAAGGCAAACACUUCGAGGUUAUAAUCGUUGACUCUCGACCAAUGUUUGAAGGCAAGAACCAUGCGCGAAGUCUCGUGCGUGCAGGUCUAAAGGUCCGCUAUGCACUGCUGAGUUCUAUUGCGGAUAUCGUGGAUCAGAAUUCAGUGACGAAAUGCUUUCUCGGCGCCAGUGCAAUGCUGGGUAAUGGUUCUUUGUUCUCACGAUCCGGAUCAGCCAUGGUGGCUAUGAUGGCCAAGGAGUCCAGCAAGACGAAAGCACGCGCCGUGCCGGUGAUCGUAUUAUGCGAGACCGUCAAAUUUACCACCAAAGCAGCACUGGACAGUAUUGUCAUGAAUGAAGUUGGUGACCCAGAUGCUUUGGUAGAAGUCUUCCAGCCGGAUAUUCUGUCUUCCACCGGUCCAUCACCCGCCGCAGGAAACGCGUCAUCUGGCGGGAAAGGAGGGAAGAAGACCGGCACAAAAGACAAAGACGACGGUAAUGCGGGAGGCGAUGACUCGGACGAGAAGAAUCCUGGAGGAGGGAAGGGCUUGGAAGGGUGGAAGGACCAGACGGGUCUAUAUCUGCUCAAUCUCAUGUACGAUGUCACGCCAUCGCACUUCCUCGAUCUGGUUAUUUGCGAACUAGGCAGUCUGCCUCCUACUGCCGUCCCCGUCGUUAAUGGCGUACAUGGGGAUGACCAGGCUUUGGCUUGA